CUACUUCCAGGUCGUUGUCACGGACGCUGGAAAUAAUCAAAACAAACGAGCUCACACCUCCAAGAUCGGUUACCGGGAACAUUUAAUCGAUCGAUUAACGGGAACAUUUAAUCGGAUCGAUUAACGGGAACAUUUAAUCGGAUCGAUUACCGGGAACAUUUAAUCGAUCGAUUAACAAUGAUUUGAUACCGCGCACGGCUGUUUACAUCAAAACACGGAUAAGCUCUCCAUCCAUCCAUCUCACGUUGUUUUCAUUAUUUUUGUUAGAGAUAUAAAAACGCUGUCGAGGACGAAUGUCAACAAUACGUGACUGGAAAUGUCGCCGUCACCUUUAACGGAUUCAUGUCCAACCGACAGACGAGGAUACAGCAGCUGGUAAACAGUAAUGGCUGCGCGUAGACCCCUCCUCAGACAGUGGCGCAGAGGGAGAGUGAUGAUGAGGGGGAAACAGUAAGAGAGAAGAAGAAGAGAGGCAGAAAUAAUAAAGGACAAGCUUAACUGAGCAGCAUGGAGUGGCCGGGGGAUUUUCCUGAAGACCAUUCCUUUGUGGAGCUGCUGGUUCCGGGGUUUUCCAGUGAGCUGGACUUUGAACAGCUCCUGAAAGACACAGAGGAGAAACUCAAUCUCAACGCCAACAGCAUUGAACAGCAGCUGAAGGAGCUCCAGGCCAAAAUGGGCGAUUCCAGGACAGGAGAGCGUCCGCCGAGCCCUUCAGAGUGCCUGCAGUGGUUCAACCUCAGAGCGCAUAACAGUUUCAGGCCUGUUACCACGGGGCAUCAAGAGCUCAUGGACUUCUUCAGAGCUUUGCAACAGUACCUGAGGUCUGAAGAGGAGGGAAAAGAGGAAGUGACCCUUCAGCUGCUGCUGAAUGUGUCUGCCCAGUGUGGGGUCUGCUUUCCUUGUACCCCUACUUGUUGCUCCUCUCUUCAUCCCCAACUUACUGCCUCCUCCGUCCACUUAGUGCACACAGUCAGAGAUGACACUUCAAUAGAGAUCCAAGACGUGUGGGAUGACGUACGUCUCCAGCUGCGUCGCCACCUGCUGGACCGGCUGUCUUCCCGCAGCCCUGAGCAUCCUGGACUUGGGCAUAUUUCCAUUCUGUCCAUCCCUGAACGGGUCCACUGUCUGCAGCAGCUGUUCUUUCUUUACCCCGAGUGUGAGGUGCUCACACAUUACCAGGGUCUGAGAGGCCAGUCUGUGCUGGGUCUUCUCUCUGCACUGAGCUCAAGCCCAGGCGGGGAGACCGGCUUUGACAAACUGGCUGUAGGCUUCCGCUCUGUGGUUCCAGCUCUGACCCAAGCCGUCACAGAUGAGCUCCACGUCCUUUCAAGAGUAGCAGAACCACACGCCAUUCUGGGUUUUCUUAAUGUGGCCUACUUCAGCACUGUGGCCCGAGAACUGGCCUCCCUGAUGGAGCGAGAAUGUGAGAUGGCCCUGAGGGACAACACAACACUCAGCAGCAAGAUUAAGAAAUAUUCAGCCAGGUCCAGGGCAACUGUUGCGCCGAUGGAGCUUCCCAUGAAAAAUAGGAGCUUCAGUUUGACCUCCCACCAGCUGAGGGCGUUAACCCAGCUGGCCUGCACCCUGCUGGGGUUUGAGAGAAUUGUGAAGGAGCUGGUCACCAAUAUGACCUUCAUUGAUUGUACUGGAGAGACUCCGUGUGUAAAAGGCAUCUUGAAAAAGAGUCGAGAGGAUUCACACAUGACUACAGAUGGCAAGAAAUCCACAGCUGAAGCAUUCCUCCACACACCAGAGGCGCAGGUUUUGGAGUUCGAUUGGAGGUCAGCAUUUAUCGGGCUGGUCCCUCACAUGGCACACUGUGUGAAAGUGGUGCUGGAUGAUGCUUGUGCCAAGAGUCUACAGCAGGAAGAGGCCUUACAUUCUUCAGGACACACCAGCGUUGAGCUGAGCGGCACUACUGGAGACACCACCAGCAACGAACAGCUCAGAGAAGAUUCCUUCUACACCUACUCAGAGAGAGAGACUCCCAAUAUGAUAGCCAAGUUCUGUGGAGCAAUCAUGACUGAGCUGGAUGCUUUACUACCCUUGGCGGCGGCCUGCAGAGACAGCUCUCUCCAGGAGGUGCGAUCAAGCUUUGUGGAGGCAUGUGGCAGGGCAGCGUUUGCCAUGCUGGGCCGUUUGCAGGAGAGGGCCCUGGAGGUUCCAUCCUCUGCACCCCUCAAGAACCUGCCUGCUCUGCUGGCCACGUGCAUUUAUUUGCACCAACGACUGGAGCACUACCAUGCCAGGCUGAAAGAUUCAAAUGCUACUGCAGCUAAAGUACCCCUGACCCUGCUGCCUAUCCAGAAGUGCCAAGAUAUGGUGGAGGCCUUAAGAGACCAGCUGACUAGCUACUGUAUCCAGGUUUGUUCCACAUGCAUACUUCAAGACGCGGAGAGCCACCACUGGGCUGACCCCAGACCCUUCUACGAGGGCGAGCGCUGUUCCUUCUCGCUGCAGAUGUGGUUUUACUUCCUGUGUGGGCUCCGUAGCGACCUGUGGGCGAUCCUUCCGGCAGACUUGGCCAAGGAGAUGCUCGGCCAGGUGCUGUCAGAGACUUUACAGCUGCUGGUGCAAAGAUAUGCUAUGGCCCGUCCUUCUUACAAGAGACACCUGCAAAUCAGGUGCGAUAUUACAGCGGUGUUGCUGUACGUGGAGCAGCUUAUGUGGAGUGUGUGUGAAAGUCCCGAGGCAUUGGUGCGCUCCAAUCCUUAUUCAGCAAUCACCAUAAUAUCGGGCAGAUCAGACUGGCCGUACCAAAUCCACAGCCUGUGCGAGCAACUCCUGACAGUCCUCGUCAUUGUCACAGCGCCGCUGUCUUCGCUGUAUAGGAUAUUUAUGAUUGAUCCUGCGAAAGAGUCCACGACACAUCAGCCUGACGGCCGCGUUGUCCACUGGCUAAAUGUUAUCGACCCUGACCUCUUCACAGAACAGGCCAUACGAGAUGGUCUUAUGGGUCAGACGGCCUCUACAUGUCAGCUGAGGCUGCUGACCUCUGACCCGGGGCGUAAUCCCAGGUUGCUACUGCGAACGCUGCUGUACGGAGACUGUCACCUGCCCAGGAUGCUCCUGGAAAACUCCUACUUUUGCCAGGAGAGCUGCUUAGAAAUGUCUACAGUGAGCUGCAAGGCCGGAGAUGACUUCAUUGUCACAUUGUUCAACCUUUUCACUUGUCUGAACAAUGUUCCCAAGGCCUUGACUCGGGUCUUUCAACCAUACCUAGAAAGGGCACAGAUAUGGGAACAUCUUUACACACUGGCAGACACAACGCGGACAGUACCUGCAGUGAUCAAAUGUGUCCGGGCGAUGGUCACCAAGUCUACCCACAGCCUCCUGGUACACCUGGUCUCCAUGGUGAUGGAUUGGCAGACCGCGGAGGAGCCCAGUGGAGCCUUGUUCAAGCGAAAUGUACCGGAGAGUGUCCUGGCUAAAAUACCAAAGGAGUGGAGCUACACACCACUGGAAGCAAGGGGGAAGGAGACUGCCACUAAGACUGUCAUAUCCUUAACAAUUCAAGCCUUGUCCUUCGUUUUCACCAACCUACCCCUGGCUGUAGCAUCCGUGCCUCUCUCCAUCCGCUACCUCUUCCAAGUGGCAGAGAAGCAACUCUCCCAGCAUUCCCGGCAGUUGCGCUUAGUAGGCCUGUUACUUUGGGCCCUACUUAACUGCCUGAUCCAGGGCCUGGAAGACCCAAAUACACUAGAACAGAUCAGUGGUCUGACCCUGGAUCGUGGAGCGAAGGAGCCCCUUUCUCUGCUGGCCGAGUGCCUACAGGCUGCCAUGGGCAUUCAACAGAAGGGUGUUCCCAAACCCUCAAUACACAAAGUGCUGCAGGCUCUGGAGGAAAAAAGACCCAAGUGGACUAACAUGCAGCUGCAGAAGGCCCGCAAGCUCUGCUCAGACAGUGUAUUUGAGCAAGGAAGUGAGAGCGGAGUCGCUGCGGCUGAACUGACUGAGCAGAAAAUAGGCCUGAUGCUGCUGGAGGUCUGCCACAAAGCAGGUGGCAGCGACUACCUGAGGCAGAUCUAUCACAUCAUCCAAGGCAAUGAGGAACUAUUGAUGUUUAAACUAAGCGAAAGCGCAGACUCGCCCGAUCGUCCUCCUGACUUGGUGAACUUUGACCUCAGCUCUGAGAGUCGUGUGGGCACUGCCGGCUUCAACCCACUCCACCAAUUUGACCACAUUGGGAAGAAAAGGCUGGAUCAGAGCGCAGUGGUCGACUGGUCAUGGGACUGGCCGAGGCUGCUGCCAGCCUAUCAGGGCAUGAGUCAGGUCACCUUCAAAACUCUGCUGGCCAACAGGUGGGAGAUGCAGGAGGAAGCAGAGCUGGAAGAUGGGGAGAAAUCUAUGGUAGAGGAACUUAAAAAAGCCUAUUUUGUUUGCUGCUGCAGCCCGGGACCGCGCGGCCCUCCUGAAGCUGAAGAGACACUUGCAGAGCGAACCCACGGGGAAACACAACCAUCCGAUAAGAGUGCUGUCCAAUAACAGUCCACGUAGUUGGAAUUUAUUUUUUAUCACAUUGUAAAUGUUUGCUUGUAAUACUCACUUGCAGAUCUCAAGGUAGUAGAGUGUGUGUGUGCAUGUGUGUGUAUGUAUGUGCACUUUUCUGGGUGUAAUUGAGUUUGUGCAUACACUGUAUCCAGCGAGUUUGCAUAUGUGUGUGUGUGUGUGUGCAUGAAAAGUGAGCGAGCGAGAGAGCGGGCAAGAAACCGUGGAACAACAAAAAAGAGUGAGGGAGACUGUGCCUCCGUCUUUAUGCACACACAUCUCAGACAAACUCUCUGUGCUCUUUUCUAUGCUGCAUCAGACGCAUUUCAUCUUUUUGGAGCACAUCUCCAGAAAUCAGUUCUGGGAAAUGGAGAGCCAGGAUUUGUUUGCCUGGGACAAGAUGGAACUGUGUGAUCACUGUCGGUAGUUGAAGUUUUUUUUUUUUUGAGACAGUGAGUGUAAAGACAUUGGUGUCAGCAUACUUUCUCCUGGUUCCUGAAAGCAAACAUCAAAUAUUACGGUUUGGAAGCAAGAUGAUGUAUGUUUUGAUUACAGUGUGUCCCAAAAAUCUGCCCCACUAUGUAAUAUCAGUCAGUAAUAUUUUGUGCAAACUGAGAAAACAUUUAUUUUAUGUGUAAUACAAUUGCUCAGUAUAUUUUUCCAAGUUUGUCCAUAUUUUGUUAUUUAUGAGAUGGAAUGUUUUAGAAUUAAACAUGAAAAUAAAACCAUGUUCUCAC